AUGUACAUUAAAAAUUCCUUUCUUUUACUGCUCUCACCUACGGCUGAGCGAAGCCAGGAAAGUUUACUGUCCGUACUUUAUGAGAUACUGGAAGAUCAGUUCCACCAGUAGCUCUUUACACUAGAGUUAGGGUCAGGCACAGGACAACAUGUCGUUCACUUUGCACAAGAAAUGCCCUUUGUGACAUGGCAGCCGUCAGACAUCAAGGAGGAAUCACGGAACAGGUGCACUGACUCACUGUUUCAUUUAUUCAUUAAACCUGAGCAGUUGGAUCAACAUAAGAAAAUUAAACCUUAGUUGACUGAUGCCAUUGAGCCCUGGGAGAAAUGGGCAGGACUCCCACACAUCUCCAGUGAUAUCAUCAUAGCAAUCAACCUGCUCCAAUACAGCACCUUCAGCCCCACUGAGGGUGUGUUCAAAGGAUCUGAGAUACUGAAACCGAAUGGCCUUCUAAUGACUUAA